AUGUUGUCGCCCGCAGGCCCCAACCCACAGGUGGCGAAGGGGACCCACGUCCUCAUCCCGUUGGGCGAAACCUCGGCCACUGGUUGGACAGCUGAGGAAGAGGAGCUAGAGGAGGGGGCGGAGCCCCCGGGAGGCCCCGCCCUCAACAUCUGCCUCACGGCCCCGCCCGACGCUCCCAUCGGCCGCUACCGCCUCAGCAUCAAGACCCGCACGGGGGUGGGGGAGUAUGCGGCUCCCUUCGACGACGCCAACGACUUCUUCCUCCUCUUCAACCCCUGGUGCCCUGACGACAACGUCUACAUGGACAAAACGAGCGACCUUAACGAGUACGUCCUUAACGAGACGGGGCGCAUCUUCUACGGCACCGAGGACCAGAUCGCCGAGCGCUCCUGGAACUACGGGCAGUUUGACGCAGGGGUGCUGGAGGCGUGUCUGUACAUCCUGGAUCGUCGGGGGAUGCCCCACAGCGCCCGGGGGGACCCCAUCAUCGUGUCCCGCGUCGUCUCCGCCAUGGUGGGUUUUUUUUGGGGUGAAUUAUGGGGGAUUUGGACGGGGGACUACGCCCAGGGCACCAACCCCUCGGCUUGGGCCGGUUCCGUCGACAUCCUCCGCGCCUACCACGGCACCGGUGCCCCAGUCCGCUACGGCCAGUGCUGGGUCUUUGCCGGAGUCAUGACCACCGUGCUGCGGUGCCUGGGCCUCCCCACCCGCACGGUCACCAACUACAACUCGGCCCACGACACCGACGUCUCCCUCACCACCGACAUCUACUUCGACGAGAACAUGCGGCCCCUGGAGCGCCUCAACACCGACUCCGUCUGGAACUUCCACGUGUGGAACGACUGCUGGAUGAAGCGCCCCGACCUCCCCGAUGGCUACGACGGGUGGCAGAUCGUUGACGCCACCCCCCAGGAGACCAGCAGCGGGCUGUUCUGCUGCGGGCCGUGCUCGGUGACGGCGGUGAAGAACGGCGAGGUCUACCUCAAGUACGACACGCCCUUCGUCUUCGCUGAGGUGAACAGCGACAAGGUCUACUGGCAGCGGCAGCCCAACGGCUCCUUCGCGGUGGUGCACGUGGAGGAAGGUGCCAUCGGGCGCCGCAUCAGCACCCUGGGGCCGGGAUCCGGCGCCCGAUUGGACAUCCCCCACCAAUACAAGCACCCCGAGGGUGAGACCCCGCCCCCCGACGCCCCUUGA